UUAAAGAAGGAACAAAUAACAUUUCAAUCAUAUCCUGCAGAGCAGAAUCCCUAACAUGAACAUUUGAUAAUUAGCGCAUCAAAUGAUUAACGAAUUCAUGAAUUAAUUACACGAUUUCCUGCUGUUAUGCAAGGAUACAUCUCUGGUCAAUUUGCAAAGAAUAAUCAAUUUAUAAUUGAAUAAUCAUAUAAUCGUAUAUGGGAUUAUACAUUUAAAUUAUUCAUUUAUAAUUUAUUUCACAAAUCACAGACUUCCUUUAUAACGCCAUGGUUCAUAUUUCUGAUUCUUUUGGUCCGUAUAAGGUCAUUCUCAUAGUCUCUAAACUUUCUCGUGUCAUAGAUGUCUCUUUGUGUCCAACACAUACUUCCGUAUAAUGCAUCAUAUUAACCUUCUAAAAGUUUAUUUUAUGCGUCGAAUUAUUUUUCAGAUGGCAAAGUUAACCUACAAAUUUGGCGUAGUCAUACUACUUUUAAUGACUAAUGUUCAUCUUGCUCAACUACAAACAACAGACGCCACGACAGAAUCAAACACAGAUGCUACAACUGAUGUUACAACAGCCACUGUAACUGACGUUACAACAGACACUUCUGGAACUGACGCCGCAACAACCGCGAGUGGAACUGACACCACAACGGACAGUAGUGGAACUGAUGCCACAACCGCCGCAAGUGGAACUGACGCCACAACAGCCGCGAGUGGAACUGAUGCUACAACAGCCGCGAGUGGAACUGACGCCACAACUGCCGCGAGUGGAACUGACGCCACAACGGACAGUAGUGGAACUGACGCCACAACCGCCGUGAGUGGAACUGACGCCACAACAGCCGCGAGUGGAACUGACGCGACAACAGCCAUGGGUGGUACAACCGAUGCUUCACAAACAACUGAUGACGCCACAACUGUGAGUUCAAAUGAAACUAAUGCUGGUACGACCAUGAGUUCACAAACAACUGAUGAUGCUACGACUAUGAGUUCAAAUGCAACUUCAGCCAUGAGUGGUACGACCGAUGCUUCACAAACAACUGAUGACGCCACAACUAUGAAUUCAAAUGAAACUGCUGCCGUAACAACUCAGGCUUCACAAACAACUGAUGACGCCACAACUAUGAGUUCAAAUGAAACUGCUGCCGUAACAACUCAAGCUUCACAAACAACUGAUGAUGCUGCGACUACUAGUUCACAGACAACUGAGGCUGUCACAGCAAUGAUGACCACGACAUCUCGUGAGUAA